UGUCGAAGUUUCUAGCUAUUGACACGGCGGAGUCGAUCCAUGGCUUCUCUCCAGUUCAAUGUGAGGCCGUUCAGGGCCAUAGUUCCUUCCAGACCUUCUUGCCUUCCAAAAUGCGGAAGGAUUCAGUGCUCUGUGACCUCAACACACAAACGCUACAACAUUACUCUGCUUCCCGGCGACGGCAUUGGUCCCGAGGUCAUCUCCGUCGCCAAAGACGUCCUUAAGCUCGCAGGAUCCCAAGAAGGAAUCGAGUUUAGGUUUCAGGAGAUGCCUGUAGGUGGAGCUGCGCUAGACUUGACUGGGGUUCCCUUGCCGGAAGAAACACUUUCGGUAGCUAAGCAAUCUGAUGCAGUUCUUCUCGGAGCAAUUGGAGGAUAUAAGUGGGACAAUAAUGAGAAACAUUUGAAGCCAGAAACGGGUUUGCUUCAGCUUCGGGCGGGACUUGGGGUCUUUGCAAACUUGAGGCCAGCUACUGUUUUGCCACAAUUAGUUGACUCGUCAACUUUGAAGAAAGAGGUGGCUGAAGGGGUUGACCUCAUGGUUGUCAGAGAGCUUACUGGAGGAAUUUAUUUUGGAAAGCCAAGGGGUUUUGGAACAAAUGAGAAAGGUGAGGAGAUUGGUUUCAACACCGAGGUGUACGCUACUUAUGAGAUUGACCGUAUUGCUCAUGUUGCAUUUGAGACUGCUCGGAAGCGACGUGGAAAACUAUGUUCUGUUGACAAGGCAAAUGUUUUGGAGGCAUCAAUGCUAUGGAGGAAAAGAGUGACAAUGGUUGCCUCUGAAUAUCCAGACAUUGAGCUCUCACACAUGUAUGUUGACAAUGCCGCAAUGCAACUUAUUCGUGAUCCAAAGCAGUUUGAUACAAUUGUGACAAACAACAUCUUUGGUGACAUUUUGUCUGAUGAGGCUUCAAUGCUUACUGGGAGUAUAGGAAUGCUUCCAUCAGCAAGUCUUGGUGAAUCGGGACCUGGACUUUUUGAACCUAUCCAUGGUUCUGCUCCUGAUAUUGCUGGACAGAACAAGGCAAAUCCACUAGCAACGGUGCUUAGUGCUGCUAUGCUUUUAAGGUAUGGCCUAGGGGAAGAAAAUGCUGCAAAGAGAAUUGAGAAUGCUGUGAUGGAGACUUUGGAUAAAGGAUUUCGAACGGGUGACAUAUUCUCAUCUGGAAAGGGUCUGGGCUUUGAAGGGUCUCUGCUUUUUCUACCAUGGGGUCGUUCUUUAAGACCCAACGUGUCAUCUACAAGCCUGUAGAGGAAGUUGAUCUUAGCCCAGAUAGCAAUGAGGUUUAUCUCCGGGCAAAUGUUAAAGGUUUUAAUCCCAUCGCCUUUUCCUUGCUGUGUUAUCGUUUGUUUCCUACGCAUGACAAAUAAUUCUGCGUUGUUACCAUCAGGCUGUGAAGUUAUUUAGUUGUUGUGAGAGUGAGUACUAAUGUUCGCAGUGCAAAUUGAUUAAAAUUUUAUCUGUAGCUGGGUAGCAAUUAAUGGUUGUCCAUGGUAGAUAGGAUGUAAGCAGAACUCUGUAUUAGGAAGUCAAUAUCUAAUUGUUCUGAUUUCUUUUGUUC